CUCCUCAAAUCUGCAUCUGCUUCCUCAUUUGCACUUCGCAGAAUCUCUCUCUCUCUCUCUCUCUGUAAAGAUGCUUCCUUUAGACCUUCUUCCCACCUCAGGUGUCACUUUCCCCAAACCCAACCAUAGAUAUCCUCCCAUAAAUGCCUCCCUUCUUCUUCCAAAUCACAGAAACCUACCCAGUUCGUCUUUGAUUUUCAACAAAUCCAUCUCCCGAUUGCCCGAAUCCGCGCUUAAAGUCCCCCGCCACGGCCUCUUACUCAGAGCUUCUUCGAAACCCACAUCUCAGAUCUAUGGAAACCCACUUGGGUUUUCUCUCAGAGCGGCCGCCGGCAACUCGGAAGCCAGCCCAAGUGGAGAAAUUGACUCUGCAAAGCCAAACAAAACCCUCCAACUGGCCGUGGUCUUUGGCCUCUGGUACUUCCAGAACAUCGUCUUCAACAUCUACAACAAGAAGGUUCUGAACAUCUUCCCUUUCCCAUGGCUUCUCGCCUCUUUUCAGCUCUUUGUGGGCUCUGUCUGGAUGUUCUUUCUCUGGUCUUUCAGGCUCCAACCAUACCCUAAAAUCACCAAACCCUUCAUUCUUGCCCUUCUCGGCCCCGCCCUUUUCCACACCAUCGGCCACAUCUCGGCCUGCGUUUCAUUCUCUAAAGUCGCCGUUUCUUUCACCCACGUCAUCAAAUCCUCGGAGCCCGUUUUCUCGGUCGUUUUCUUGUCCUUUCUCGGCGACACAUACCCUCUAAAGGUCUGGCUCUCAAUCCUCCCCAUUGUUCUGGGUUGCUCCCUGGCCGCCAUCACUGAAGUUUCCUUCAAUUUCCAAGGCCUCUGGGGGGCUUUGAUUAGCAAUGUCGGCUUCGUUCUCCGCAACAUUUAUUCUAAAAAGAGUUUACAGAGCUUCAUGGAAGUGAAUGGAUUGAACUUGUAUGGAUGGAUCAGUAUAAUCUCAUUGCUUUAUCUGUUUCCAGUGGCAGUGUUUGUUGAAGGGUCUCAAUGGGUUGCAGGCUAUCAUAAGGCCAUUGAAGCCAUUGGAAAACCUUCCACAUUUUACUUUUGGGUGAUUCUAUCUGGGGUGUUUUAUCAUCUCUAUAACCAAUCAUCUUACCAAGCUCUUGAUGACAUUAGCCCCCUGACGUUUUCAGUUGGUAAUACGAUGAAGAGGGUGGUGGUGAUUGUCUCUACUGUGUUGGUUUUCAGGAACCCUGUUAGGCCUUUGAACGCGCUUGGAUCCGCCAUCGCCAUACUUGGAACUUUCUUGUACUCACAGGCCUCUUCGAAGAAAGCUGAAAAGAAAAUUGAAGGUGAAAAGAAUAGUUAGAAGGAAUUAACUGGAUGGUUUUUAAUUCCUAAUUAAUUUGUUUGAUAUGAUAAAUUUUGAACUUGUGUUGUUCUUUGUAUCCCGAGCUCAAAUUCCAUCAAUGUCAAAAGAACUUGUUCA